CUGGCAUUCAGGGAUCUCCAGCUCAAGGAGAUCUGCAACCCCAGCCUCACGAAUUUCCCGCGGCGGUGUGCCAUGGUCUGCACAACCUGCAGAGCAGCCCAGAAAAUGCACUUUUGUCCAUAGCCCAGACUUGCAUAGCAAGGCUGCGGGUUCAGUCGCAGAAGGACACCGACCACCAUCUCUAAUCGUCGUGGCUCAACCACCGUCGACAGUAAACUCCGUUUCAACUCGGCGAUCGAAAUACGAGCCAGGCGGACCAGGGUCCUUGCAUAGAGCCAAAUUGCCUGUCCAAAGGCAUUGAGACCGAACCGACUUGCCCCGCGCCAGCCGUACAGUACAUAGCUAGCACCGCAAAAGAAGAUGGGUCUCCUCGACGACGCCGUGACCGUCCUUUCGGCGCGCAGCUCGCACUCGAAGCGCUCAUCCAAAUCCCAUCACCGUAGCAGCCGCCAUGGCCACCACCGCGACCGAUCCCGCUCCCGCUCCCGCUCGGGGUCGCGGCACCGACACUCCCGCCACGGCACCGGCGAAGCAGUCGGAGGCGGAAUAACCGGCAUCGCGGCCUCCAUCUUUGGCGGCGGAGGAGACAAAGACAAAGAAAGCGACAACGACCGCCACCACCGGAGCAGUCGCAGCCACCAUGACAAGCAUCACAGCAGUGACAAACGCUCAUCCUCAUCCUUCUUCAACCUGCCCAACACCUCAACCCGCUCCUUCUUCAGCAGCUUCGGCAGCCAUGGAGGAGGGGGCGGAACAUCGCACUACAAACGCUCCCCGCGCCAGGGAUUCGUCUCCCGUAUGCUGCGCAAGCUGCGCCGCUUGCUGCGCGACCUGGUCUACUACGCCAAACGGCACCCGGUCAAGGUGUUUAUGCUGGUGCUGAUGCCGCUGGUCACGGGCGGCGCGCUGACGGCGCUGCUGGCCCGCUUUGGGCUGCGCUUGCCCGCCUAUGUGGAGCGCAUGCUCGGCAUGGCUGCCCGAGCCGGGUCCGGGGACUCGCUGGGCCUCGUCGGCGAGGCCGUCAAGAUGGUUAGCAACGGCGUCGGUGGCGGCGGCAGUGGUGGUGGUAAUACCCGGAGCAGUGCGUAUAUUGAGAAGGGAAGGGACGGGAAUAUGCGAUGGGAACGGAGGAGUGUUGAGCGGGACUUUCUUGGUGGGGGAGGGGGUGGCUGGGGUGAUGGGUUGAAGACUAUUGGGAAGAUAUUUUCUUGAGCUUUACCCUGACGAGGGAUUCAUGAGUGAUGAUGGAUGAGAGACGUGGGUAUCGGUGGAAUUUUGGUUAUCAGGGCUUUUCUGGCUUCUCUACAUAUACCGACAAGGGUUUGUCUGCUGCCACUCAAACAGUGGUAUCCUGAAUUGGCACAGGGAUGAAAUGUAUUAAACUCGAUACUAGUCUAUCGCAAAUAAGACACCGGCCAACUGCUUCGAUUACACAGAACA